CAGUGUGUUUGUGUGCAUGCUUGUGUGUGUGUGUGAAAGUGAGUGUGAGCAGCUGAGCGAGUUGGUCGCGCUGCGCUUUGAGAGUGACUGCCACUUCACUCUUCUCCACUCAUCCAUGCUGGAUUAAAAAGCCUUUUUUCAGGACUCAUACACAGCUGUUUGGGACACACAUAUUCUGACAGCUGCUGCAAUGAGUGAGGAGACUAAAGAGAAAUCUACAGGGAAGUCGGCUCAUCGCAAGAAGAAAGGAAAGAAGACAGAUGUCAACGCCUGCUAUCUGCGAGCAGCUAGGGCCGGAAAUCUAGAGAAAGCUUUGGAAUACCUGAAGAAUGGAGUUGACAUCAAUAUUUGUAAUCAGAAUGGUCUGAACGCUCUCCAUCUGGCCUCAAAAGAGGGCCAUGUGGAAGUGGUGGCUGAGCUCAUCAAGCACGGCGCCAACGUGGACGCAGCCACCAAGAAAGGAAACACUGCACUCCACAUAGCUUCCCUCGCUGGGCAGACAGAGGUGGUGAAGGAGCUCGUCACAAACGGUGCAAAUGUCAACGCACAGUCUCAGAAUGGCUUCACUCCGCUGUACAUGGCGGCUCAGGAGAAUCACAUGGAGGUGGUGCAGUUUUUACUCGACAACGGCUCCAGUCAGAGCAUCGCCACUGAGGAUGGAUUCACUCCCUUGGCGGUGGCACUGCAGCAGGGGCACGAUCAGGUGGUUUCCCUUCUCCUGGAGAAUGAUACUAAGGGGAAGGUUCGCCUCCCAGCGCUGCAUAUCGCCGCACGAAAAGAUGACACCAAGGCUGCUGCCCUUCUCCUCCAGAAUGACCACAACGCAGACGUGGAGUCAAAGAUGAUGGUGAAUAGGACAACAGAGAGUGGUUUCACUCCUCUCCAUAUCGCAGCUCACUAUGGCAACAUCAACGUAGCAACUCUCCUGCUGAACAGAGGAGCAGCUGUGGACUUCAAGGCCAGGAAUGACAUUACACCACUGCACGUAGCAUCUAAACGUGGCAAUAGUAACAUGGUGCGACUGCUGCUGGAGAGAGGCGCCAAGAUAGAUGCACGGACAAAGGAUGGUCUGACUCCUCUCCACUGUGGGGCCAGGAGUGGCCAUGAGCAGGUAGUGGAGAUGCUGUUGGACAGAGGAGCGCCAAUACUGUCAAAGACUAAGAAUGGUCUGUCUCCUCUUCAUAUGGCGACGCAAGGUGACCACCUCAACUGUGUCCAGUUACUUCUGCACCAUGAGGUACCCGUAGAUGAUGUUACCAACGACUACCUGACGGCGCUACAUGUGGCCGCCCACUGCGGACACUACAAAGUGGCAAAGGUCAUUGUGGAUAAGAAAGCCAAUCCUAAUGCGAAGGCACUGAAUGGUUUCACACCGCUGCAUAUUGCCUGUAAGAAAAAUAGAGUCAAAGUGAUGGAGCUACUUCUGAAGCAUGGGGCGUCCAUACAGGCUGUCACAGAGUCUGGUCUGACCCCGAUCCACGUCGCAGCAUUUAUGGGACAUGAAAACAUUGUCCAUCAGCUGAUCAACCACGGGGCUUCACCCAAUACAAGCAAUGUGAGGGGCGAGACAGCGCUCCACAUGGCAGCAAGGGCCGGACAGUCCGACGUGGUCCGAUAUCUGAUACAGAACGGAGCACGAGUUGAUGCCAGGGCCAAGGAUGACCAGACUCCGCUGCAUAUCUCCAGUCGACUCGGUAAGCAAGAUAUUGUGCAACAGCUGCUAGCCAAUGGAGCAUACCCAGAUGCCACCACCAACUCUGGAUACACACCUUUACACCUGGCUGCCAGGGAAGGGCACAGAGAUCUAGCUGCAGCACUGCUGGACCAUGGAGCUAGUCUGGGCAUUACUACAAAGAAGGGCUUCACUCCAUUGCACGUUGCAGCAAAGUAUGGGAAAAUGGAGGUGGCAAACCUGCUGCUGCAGAAGAACGCUCCACCUGAUGCUGCUGGGAAGAGUGGUUUAACUCCACUGCAUGUGGCAGCACAUUAUGAUAACCAGAAGGUGGCACUGCUUUUGCUCAACCAGGGAGCUUCACCACAUGCUGCAGCAAAGAAUGGCUACACUCCUCUCCAUAUUGCAGCCAAGAAGAAUCAGAUGGAGAUAACCACUACGUUGCUGGAGUACGGCGCCUCCACCAGCGCAGUAACACGGCAGGGAAUCACUCCUCUGCACCUCGCUGCUCAGGAAGGAAACGUAGACAUUGUGACGCUGCUGCUGGCUCGAGACGCUCCUGUCAACAUGGGCAAUAAGUCUGGUCUGACUCCUCUCCACCUGGCUGCCCAGGAGGAUAAAGUUAAUGUUGCUGAGGUUUUAGUCAACCAGGGAGCUGUUAUUGACCCUGAUACCAAGCUGGGAUACACUCCUCUCCAUGUGGCCUGUCACUAUGGCAACGUGAAGAUGGUAAACUUCCUGCUGAAACAUCAGGCAAAGGUCAAUGCAAAGACCAAGAGUGGUUACACACCUCUCCAUCAGGCUGCACAGCAGGGACACACACACAUCAUCAACUUGCUGCUGCAACACGGAGCAUCGCCCAACGAACUCACUGUUAAUGGGAACAGCGCUCUGUCCAUCGCCAGGAGGCUUGGCUACAUUUCUGUGGUUGAUACACUCAAAGUGGUCACAGAAGAGACUCUGAUCACUCAGACCGUGAUAGAAAAGCACAAGAUGAAUGUCCCGGAGACCAUGAACGAGGUGCUGGACAUGUCUGACGAUGACGUCCAUAAAGUCAAUGUCCCAGAAAUGAUCACAGAUGACUAUUUUUCUGAUGUGGAAGAAGAAAUGGAUGCUGGACAUGUCUGCAUCAGCUACUCUUGCGACGAUGCAAUGACGGGGGACACAGACAAAUAUCUGGCCCCCCAGGACCUGAGGGAGCUGGGGGAUGACUCACUUCCUCAGGAGGGCUACAUGGGCUUCAGCGUGGGGGCACGGUCACAGAGUCCUAAAGUCAGUUCUGAUAGGUCCAACACGCUGAACCGGAGCUCGUUCACGCGGGACAGCAUGAUGAUAGAGGAGAUGCUGGCGCCCACCAAGGACACGAUGCUCUGUAAGGAAAGGUCUUUCAUUGUAGAGCAACACAAUAAGCAUUUGUCGAUGGCAAAGGACGGCGACGACUCUCUGAGAAGAUACAGCUGGACAGCGGACGCUCUGGAUAACGUCAACCUGGUCUCCUCUCCAAUACACUCCGGUUUUUCCUCUCCGCUCCCGCAGUACGACAGCAGGUUCCUGGUCAGCUUUAUGGUCGAUGCCAGAGGCGGCUCCAUGAGAGGAAGUCGUCACAACGGUAUGCGCAUCAUCAUCCCGCCCAGAAAGUGCACGGCGCCCACCCGGAUCACCUGUCGACUGGUCAAGAGGCACAAACUGGCGUCGCCUCCUCCGAUGGUGGAAGGAGAAGGCCUAGCGAGCAGACUGGUUGAGGUCGGGCCAGCAGGGGCUCAGUUCCUCGGGCCUGUGAUCGUGGAAAUCCCACACUUUGGCUCAAUGCGGGGCAAGGAGAGAGAGUUGAUCCUGCUGCGCAGUGAAAACGGUGAAACCUGGAAGGAGCAUCUGUACGACUGCAAGGCUGACAGCCUCAAUCAGCUCCUAAAUGGGAUGGAUGAAGAACUGGACAGUCACGAGGAACUGGAGAGGAAGAGGAUCUGCCGCAUCAUCACCAAGGACUUCCCGCAAUACUUUGCUGUGGUGUCUCGGAUCAGACAGGAGACCCAUCAGAUGGGACCAGAGGGCGGGACUCUGUGUAGCCACAGCGUGCCAUUGGUUCAGGCUUCCUUCCCUGAGGGGGCGUUGACCAAGAAGAUCAAGGUUGGGUUGCAGGCCCAGCCGAUACCCGAUGACACUGUCAAGAAAAUCCUCGGUAACCGAGCAACGUUCAGCCCUAUUGUUACCGUUGAGCCCAGAAGAAGGAAAUUCCACAAGCCCAUCACCAUGACAAUCCCAGUCCCACCCCUGUCAGGGGAGGGGCUUACAAAUGGCUACAAAGGGGACAGUACUCCUUGCCUUCGCCUCCUCUGUAGCAUCACAGGUGGUACGUCACCAGCACAGUGGGAGGACAUCACGGGCACAACUCCUCUUACUUUCGUCAAUGACUGUGUCUCCUUCACCACCAAUGUCUCUGCUAGGUUUUGGUUAGCAGACUGCCACCAGAUCCCAGAGACGGUCAGCUUGGCCACCCAGCUCUACAGGGAGCUGAUCUGCGUGCCCUACAUGGCCAAGUUUGUGGUUUUUGCCAAGAUGAAUGACCCAGUGGAGUCCAAUCUCAGGUGUUUCUGCAUGACGGAUGACAAGGUUGACAAAACCCUAGAGCAGCAGGAGAACUUUGAGGAGGUGGCCAGGAGCAAAGACAUAGAGGUCUUGGAGGGCAGGCCCAUCUAUGUGGACUGCUACGGAAACCUGGCUCCUCUAACUAAAGCUGGUCAGCAGUUAGUUCUCAACUUCUACGCCUUCAAGGAGAACCGUUUGCCCUUCAGUGUCAAGGUUAGAGACCCCAGUCAGGAGCCCUGUGGUCGUCUCACUUUCCUGAAAGAGUGUAAGACCACAAAAGGUCUUCCACAAAUCGCUGUGUGCAACCUGAACAUAACACUUCCAGCAGUGAAAAAGGAAAUGGAGUCAGAUGCCGAGGAUGAGACUGAAAAGCCAGAACGACGUCAUACCUUUGCAUCCCUAGCCUUACGUAAGCGCUACAGCUAUCUGGCCGAGCCUGCACUGAGCCCUCAGAGCCCCUGUGAGAGGACAGACGUCCGCAUGGCGAUAGUAGCCGACCACCUCGGCCUCAGCUGGACUGAGCUGGCCAGGGAGCUGAAUUUCUCUGUGGAAGAGAUCAACUUAAUCCGAGUGGAAAACCCCAAUUCCCUGACAGCACAGAGCUUCAUGCUCCUAAAGAAAUGGGUGCACAGGGAUGGUAAAAAUGCCACAACGGACGCUUUAACCACGGUGCUGACUAAGAUCAAUCGGUUGGAUAUUGUGACUUUGCUGGAAGGGCCCAUAUUUGACUACGGUAACAUUUCAGGCACACGCUGCUUUGCCGAUGAUAACGCAGUAUUCCCGGAUCAGUCCGAUGGAUACCACAAUAUAGAACUGGAACUGCAAACCCCCACAGACCUCAACUACGUGCCCCCUACCCCGCUCCGCUGCGAUGAUUUCUUUAGCGAGGGCGAUGCUAGCGUAGAGUCCCCUAGCAAGAUCUCUUUUACCAGACCUAGUGACCUGUCUUUAGCUCAGACCACCAGUACCUCCAGCAGCGACCCCCCCACAGUGGUCCCAGGUCCUGGCUCCAGUUCUGCGGAGCCUCCGAUUGUUGAGUCUGAAGUUACAACCUUGACUGAUGGCGAAAGAUGGAUGUCUGGGGAGAGGCAGGAUAAUGACCGAAGGGCAGUAGAUCAGUCAGUAAAGAGGACAGAAGACGUAAUUUCAGGGGAAAAAGUCAUUUUAGAAAGUCAGAGAGGAAAUCUGAAAGAGGAUACUGGUCUUGGAAAUGGAAGAGAGGAAGAAGAGGAGAUGACCCCGGAGAGGCUGCGGAGUCUGCUAGAGGAUAUAAAGCUGGAGGAAGGCCUGGAGGAAGAGGAGAUGACAGAGGAGAGGGUGAAUGCAAUCCUUGAACAAGUAUGGCAAGCAGAAAAAGACAUGUCUUCAGUUCCAGGCUGGAGAAGUGAGUUGUCUGGCGCCACCAUGGAGUCAGCAGUCGCUGGCCACAGUCCCAACACAGAGGAGGGCAGCCCAGACAGUCUCGCCGAUUCGCUGGAGCAGCCGCCGGCUCAGAACGGAGGCCAGGCAGAGGCAGCCAGGAAAGGCAAGGAGAAAGAGGCCCAGAGGAAGGGACCUCAGGAGGGCAGUAGCACAGUGGGACCAAGCAGAGGACGGGAGGAGAUAGAAGACAAGCCCCAGCACAAAGUCCAGGGAGAGGAGGCCAGAAACAUUCCUGGAGAGUCUGUGAUAGAGGAGCAGUUCACAGACGAAGAUGGGAAUCUGGUCACCAGAAAAGUGAUCAGAAAGGUGGUGCGCCGGGUUUACAACUCAGAGGAAAGGAAGGAAUGUGAAGGCGAAAUGAUAACAGAGGAAGGAGCUGGUGAUGAUUGUGUAGUAACAGGUGGAGCAGAUGCUGCUUCUUCAGCAGCACCAGGUGGAGCCAAGGGAGGGAAGGGGAAGAAGAGAGGGAAACGCUCCCGACAUGGCCACAAGGAGGAGGCCCAGAGAGGGAAAACUGAGUCGGGAGACGGUGGCAACAAAAAACAGGGGAAGAAGAGUCAGUCGUAACAGCAGAGCGCUCAACUCAACCUGGUCCACGGUGGUCCACCUGCGACCCCACGCACACCCUGAGAGGAAAAUCAAGACUGGAGCCCAGGAAAAAGGCCGGGGGAGGGGAGGGCCAAAAACGUGUCUGAAGCUUCUACUUAACGCAUGGUUUUCAGCAAGAUGACGCAAAAUAAGUUUAUUCUCUUUGAUUUCGCAUGAGCAUGUCACCAUACUCACUCACUGUCAGAAGCGGCGCGGAGGGACGUGAGCUGGAACUUUUUAUCUUCAGCGAACAAACAAACGGCGUCUUCGGCUGAAGAAACGGGAUCGGCGUCAACUCUCAGACACUCGCCUUAUGUGGUCUAUUUUUUUCCUCCUGGAUCCGCAGUGUUGGGGUGCACCAUGUGGUUCUUUUAUAAAAAAAAAAAUGAAAAAUGACAGUUAAUGGGUGGUUUUGUUGUACAUAAAUGAUGCUGUAUAAAAUAACAAAAAGGAAAAAAAAAGUCAGUAGCUUCACAGAUUGUUUUUGCACUGAUUGAGUUGAAGCUUUGCAGAAUCAGUGCAUUUGUUUUUUCAAGGUCAGCACUGAGCCCGAGUGUGACCGGACAUGCUCUUCCUACACAAAUAUUUGAAAGGAACAAAAGCAGCUUGUAUGUAAAUGAGGAACGAAUGGAGGGGAAAAGAAAAAAAAAAACUCUGCUUGAUUUUAAACGAUGGACGCUCCUCUGCGCGUCUGUGGAACAUUCUUCAGAGAAAUGAUAUUUUGCUGCAUGUAAUGUCACUUUAUUUUUAAACGCUUUCCUUUCUUUCUUCUAAUUCAAAGCACUGUAAUCCAGUUAGAGAGGGUUUGAUGGUACUUCUCUAUGUGUGCGCACUCAUAAUAACCCCAACCUGUCAUUUAUGGCUGCCUUUGAUUUUAGGUUUUUUAAUGAAAACUUACAUUUACCAGUGUCCCCAAACGUAACCUGCAGAUUGGCUUAUGUUGGCUCCAAACUGCUAGCAGCCCUUUGUGUGUGCGUGUGUGUGUGACAUUGUCUAUCUGUACGCCCAUCAUGCAUACUAGAAGUGCAAGCUUUUAGGUCCACUGUGGUUUUAAAAAAAAAAGGGGGACUGUUUUUAUUUGUAGGUUUGAUGAUUUUUAUCUUGUUUAAUUAUUUACAUGAGAACAGGGGAUCUGAUUUUUAGCCCAAAAUCACCAAAAUCUAAUUAUUUGUACCAACAGCUGAAAUCACACCAGUUACACUUGUUAAAAUGUGAUUUUUCUUUCGUCUAAAUCUUUUUUUCUUCUUUUGUCAUAAAAACCCACCCAAAGCAUCCACUGAUAAAUCCGAUACCGACAUGUAUGACGAACAUAGCCUACACUGGAUGAUCCAAGUAAUUAUUUAAGCAGAAAAAUAAAUUGUGUUUAAAUUGAA